GGCACUGUUCCCCGCGCGGUUCGCGCAGCGGGGUUCGGGCUGCGUGUCUCAGGUGGUGGCGGCGAAGGAACUGCGCCCCCGGCCCGAGUCCGACUCCGGGUCCUCUCCCAGGCCGCCCCCCCGCCCACGGGCCGCCCCCCGGGCCCUGCGUCCCCUCCCCCGCUGGCGGGGCCCGGACAGAAGAUGGUGCAGAAGAAAACAGCCGAACUUCAGGGCUUCCAUCGUUCGUUCAAGGGGCAGAAUCCUUUCGAGCUGGCCUUCUCCCUAGAACAGGCCCAUCCCGGGGAGACUGACUUCAGCCUGGAUUGCCCAGCCCGUCCUGAUAUGCCCACGAGCCAGCCCAUUGACAUCCCAGAUGCGAAGAAGAGGGGCAAGAAGAAGAAGCGGUGUAGGGCAACUGACAGCUUCUCUGGCAGAUUUGAAGAUGUCUACCAACUGCAGGAAGAUGUGCUUGGGGAGGGCGCCCAUGCCCGUGUGCAGACUUGCAUCAAUCUCAUCACCAAUCAGGAGUAUGCGGUCAAGAUUAUCGAGAAACAGCCCGGCCACAUUCGGAGUAGGGUUUUCCGGGAGGUGGAGAUGCUGUAUCAGUGCCAGGGACACAGGAACGUCCUAGAGCUUAUUGAGUUCUUCGAGGAGGAAGACCGCUUCUACCUGGUGUUUGAGAAGAUGCGGGGUGGCUCCAUCUUGAACCACAUUCACAAGCGACGGCACUUUAAUGAGUUGGAGGCCAGCGUGGUCGUGCAGGACGUGGCUAGCGCCCUGGAUUUCCUGCACAACAAAGGGAUUGCCCACAGGGACCUAAAGCUGGAAAACAUCCUCUGUGAGCACCCCAACCAGGUCUCCCCUGUGAAGAUCUGCGACUUCGAUCUGGGCAGUGGCAUCAAACUCAAUGGGGACUGCUCCCCCAUCUCCACCCCUGAGCUGCUAACCCCGUGCGGCUCUGCUGAAUAUAUGGCUCCUGAGGUGGUGGAGGCCUUCAGCGAGGAGGCCAGCAUCUAUGACAAGCGCUGCGACCUUUGGAGCCUGGGUGUCAUCCUCUACAUCCUGCUCAGUGGCUACCCACCCUUCGUGGGCCAUUGCGGCAGCGAUUGUGGCUGGGACCGCGGUGAGGCCUGCCCAGCCUGCCAGAACAUGCUGUUCGAGAGUAUCCAAGAGGGCAAGUACGAGUUUCCUGAGAAGGACUGGGCCCACAUCUCCUUUGCUGCCAAAGACCUCAUCUCAAAGCUGCUGGUUCGUGACGCCAAGCAGAGGCUGAGUGCUGCUCAGGUCCUGCAGCACCCCUGGGUGCAGGGGUGCGCCCCGGAGAACACCCUGCCCACGCCCAUGGUCCUGCAGAGGAACAGCUGUGCCAAAGACCUCACGUCCUUCGCAGCCGAGGCCAUCGCCAUGAACCGGCAGCUGGCCCAGCGCGAGGAGGACGCAUUGGAGGAGGCAGGGCAGGGCCAGCCCGUGGUCAUCCGAGCUACCUCACGCUGCCUGCAUCUGUCCCCACCAUCCCAAUCCAAGCUGGCCCAGCGGCGGCAGCGAGCCAGCCUGUCUGCAGCCCCUGUGGUUCUGGUGGGGGAUCAUGCAUGACCCCUCCCUCCUUCUGUACAUAUGUCGUUCCCUCCCCCAUCAGAUCUCAAGAUUUUUUUAAGCUAUUGCCAGCCAGUGACCAGCAGGCUGUGCUACCUUCCUUCCACCCCCCCUUGGGUUCACGCAGCUUAGCUGGGGGGGUCUUUUUAUAUAAAGUUUUUGCUGUUGGGUUUUUCCUUUUUUUCUGUCCCCCACCCCCAUAUUUUUUCUUUGAAUGGUGUUAAAAGUGAACAGGCACCCUGGGAGAAGAGCAGAGGGCAUAUGUGCUGCGAAUGCCCCCGCCCUGCCACCCUGGCUCCAUGUGCUUACCUGUACUGUGAACGGCCCUGUGCCCGUGGCCCUUGCCCAAUGUGACUCAGGAGAGGAGGAUGUUUGCCGUCUUCCAGAGCUGGGGGGUCCCGGAACACACCUGCACCCCCUCCCCCUUCCCAGCCCUCACAGUGUUCUCAAAGCCAGGCUGACCCUGCACCUCCCUUUUGCCCCAAAGGUAACCUGGUGGCCAGUAGGGUCUUGGGUGUGGGCAAGCGGAGUAAACAGCCACCCACAUGGACACCACCUUUUACCCCACCUCUGACUGAACCUUUACCUUAAAUUGCAGCUGACGGGGAGGGGCUGUACCCAUUGCCACUACCCCCCACUCUCCACUGGGGGCUCUGUCUACACAGGUUGGGGGGCACUGGAGGAAUGGGAGGGGCUGGACUGGUACCCGUCAGCCAACAUGGGGGACCUGCAGACCCCCCCCAUCCUGGGCACCCGAGUGCCCCUUCUCAGGGCUCAGUCUGACCAUGGCCACGUCUUGCCUCCUGUUGACCCUUGGGUUGGCAUGGAAACUCUGCCAGCCCUGCCUCUUCCUCUAACUGGAGCCAGGGCUGAUGGGGGUUCCUGCUGAAUCCUCACCCCCAAAGGCAGCAUUCCUGCUCUGCCCACCCUCAGGCACCCAGAAACUGCCCUUGCCCCCCUCUCCCCCACCCAGUGCCCAGGUCAGAUGUUGAGGGACCUGCUUGACUUGAGGAGACUCUGACACCCCUCUUUGUCCUUGGGUGGGAAACACUAUGCAACACAAACUUCCUCUUUCUUCAUGAACAUGUGUUUCUGCCAGAGUGGUGGCCCCCCAGCCCUCACCAGGGCAGCUCGGCCUGAGUUCUGGCUGGGUCUUUCAGGCAAGCCAGCUGGAUAGCCUUCUGGUGUCUAGUUUUUCAUCCUGUUUUGUUAGUUUUAAAGAACAUCAGUUGACUUCCCUUUCCUAUUCUUGAAUACUUGAAUGUCAGGGGGCCUCGUGAGUUGGGGGUCUUGGACACUGCUGCCCCGCCACCCCCAGUCUUGUACAAUUGCAGUCUGGGGGCUGAUGCCUGUCUGGCCACCUGUAUCUGUGGACUGGCCUUUCCAAAGACCCUGGGGUGGGGCAGCUGCCCCCACCUCCAUAAUUUCUUGCCCAUCAGUGACUUCAUGUAUCACAACUGGGGAUUCUGCCUUUUUGUCAAAGAAAUGGGGCCUCACUGGCUACAGAUGCUGUGGCCACUUCAGUCUGGAAAGCUGAGCUGUGAGCAGCAUUUUUUUCUCAAAGGUGGAACAACUUCCCCCAUCACGUCUACAGUGCAACCAGGAGGACUGACUAGAACUUACUGUGAAUGAGCACCUGGGGCCCAGGGGCCCAGCUGCUAGGCUGCUCUGGUGCUGGGGGAAGGGGAACGGCAGUGUUUCCAUGUUAGGAUGUAUAAAAAAAAAGACAAAACAAUUCAAUUUUUUUAAAGUGGGGGAAAGACAUCCAAGCACUUUAACUCCACUGUACCAGGUAAACUGAUACAGCUCAAGUUUUCCUUGACACCAACCGUCGAUGCCGGAAUUUUGUAUUCUGUUUUAUAAGGAUUUAAUAAAACUCAUAAAAACUGGUUUUCUGUUGCUGCAUAACAAGCUGCCCCAAAUCUAGUAGCCACAAACUUCAUUGACAGUGAU